AUUAAAAACACUCUUUAAUUGGUCGCCAAACACUCCACGAACUCGAACCUAUCAAGGACACACACAGGCGCACCGGCCUACCAUUUCUUCCUCCUUUUCAUCUUCUUCCGUAAAGUUCCUUCCCGCUUCGCUUACACGCACACAAGCAUUGAGACCUAUUGAUUUUCCUCUCAUGGAUCCUCCUUCUUCCAUGCCACCAUCUCUUCACAUGGCAAUGGCUGCCUUCUUUGGAGCUUCUUUGAUGGCUCUUUCCGCCUUCUACAUUCACAAGCGCAGUGUCGACCAGGUACUCAGCCGCCUCAUCGAGAUCCGCCGCACUCACUCUCCCACUUCCCGUCCAAAACGGGAGCAAGAACAGCUCUAUGGUGGUGACGAUGAUGAUGAAUGCGAUGGCGAUGACCUCAGAGAGUUUGGUUCCGACGGUGGAGGAACGGCUGUUGAUCCGAAAGAUUAUUCUAGAAGCUUGUCGAAGUCCGUGGACGAGAAAGGGCAUCGGAGUUAUAGAAUAUCUUCAUCAUUACCAAAUGUUGCGCUUGGAACUGACUGGUCCGAAGAGGACGGCAAGUUUGAGCAGUUAGUGGGUUAUGAAGCUCGGGCUCGUGCUUCUUCGCUAGAUAAUCUGAACUUUGUUGCCUCAGGGAUUCCUCCACUUCGAGUGGAUGGAAGAGAUAGAGUGAACGCUCAGCUUUCAUGUUCCUACAAAAGAAUAGCAUCUUUCGGUAGAAUUAAGACUCCGAGGUCUCCCAGCCGUAAUACAUUUGAAAGCGCCGAAGAUUCGGACGAAGAAGGACAAGGCCUUGAAAAUGAUGAUCUUAUUCCUUUCUAUCCGGGGAAUACAGAGUCAUCAAAUAACAAUGGAGUAAACUCAAGCAUAGGCAAUUUGUCUGCUAUUCCUAUGAGAGGUGAUAAUGCGAACUGUCCAAACAGCCAAAUGUACAGUGAGACCAUAAAAGAAGCUCAAGCUGGUGCAGAUAUGCAACACGAUGCAAAAACAGGAUCAACUCCUGUACAUUCAGUUGGAAAUGGUCUCUCGUUUUUCAAUACUGUCUUGCCUCCAAGAAUAGCAGUGCAAGAGUCCACAAAUAUUGAAGAAGAGGAAGUACGCAAGAUGAUUCAUGAGUGCUUGAAUUUACGUAAGAAAUAUGUUUACCGGGAAGAGGUUGCUCCUUGGAAGGCUAAGCCUUUGGCAAAGAACUCUGAACCAUUUCACUUUGAUCCAGUUGAACCAUCAUCACAUCACUUUAGGAUGGAAGAUGGAGUUGUACAUGUUUAUGCAAGUAAAAAUGACUCUGAAGAGCUCUUCCCGGUUGCAAACUCAACAGAAUUUUUUACUGAUAUGCAUUAUAUUCUUAAAGUUAUGGCUAUUGGAAAUGUUCGCUCUGCAUGCUACCAUAGGCUACGAUUCCUUGAGGAAAAAUUCCGGCUUCAUCUGUUACUGAAUGCAGAUGGGGAGUUUCUAGCACAAAAAAGUGCACCACACCGAGAUUUUUACAACAUCAGAAAAGUUGAUACUCAUAUCCAUCAUUCUGCCUGCAUGAAUCAAAAGCAUCUACUGCGCUUCAUUAAGUCAAAGUUAAAAAAAGAACCUGAUGAGGUUGUAAUAUUUAGAGAUGGAAAGUAUAUGACGCUGAAGGAGGUGUUUGAGAGCUUGGAUUUGACAGGGUAUGAUCUGAAUGUUGAUUUGUUGGAUGUUCAUGCGGAUAAGAGCACCUUCCAUAGAUUUGACAAGUUCAACCUAAAGUAUAACCCUUGUGGACAAAGCAGACUUAGGGAAAUAUUCUUAAAGCAGGAUAACCUUAUCCAAGGAAGGUUUUUGGCCGAAGUAACAAAGGAAGUUUUGUCAGACCUUGAAGCAAGCAAAUAUCAGAUGGCUGAGUACAGGGUUUCUGUGUACGGAAGAAAGCAAAGUGAAUGGGAUCAAUUGGCAAGUUGGUUUGUCAACAAUUCUCUUUAUAGUGAAAAUGCAAUAUGGUUAAUUCAGUUACCACGACUUUACAAUGUGUACAAGAAUAUGGGAACUGCUACCUCAUUUCAGAAUAUUCUGGAUAAUGUGUUUAUUCCUCUGUUUGAAGCCACAGUGGAUCCGAAUUCUCAUCCUCAGUUACAUUUAUUCUUAAUGCAGGUGGUGGGAUUUGAUCUUGUAGAUGAUGAAAGUAAACCAGAAAGGCGACCAACUAAGCACAUGCCAACCCCAGCUGAGUGGAAAAAUGAUUUUAAUCCAGCUUAUUCUUACUACCUUUAUUACUGCUAUGCAAACUUGUAUACGCUAAACAAGUUGCGUGAGUCUAAAGGAAUGACCACUAUAAAAUUGCGGCCUCAUUGUGGAGAGGCAGGUGAUGUUGAUCAUUUGGCUGCUGCUUUCCUCCUCUGCCAUAACAUUUCCCAUGGGAUUAAUCUGCGGAAAACUCCAGUUUUGCAGUACUUAUAUUACCUUGCGCAGAUUGGAUUAUCAAUGUCACCCCUGAGCAAUAAUUCUCUUUUCCUGGACUACCAUCGCAAUCCGAUGCCCAUGUUUUUCCAGAGAGGUCUCAAUGUUUCUCUCUCCACUGAUGAUCCUUUGCAAAUUCAUUUGACCAAAGAGCCAUUGCUAGAAGAAUAUAGUGUUGCAGCUAAGGUAUGGAAGCUCAGUGCCUGUGACUUGUGUGAGAUAGCCAGAAAUUCUGUCUAUCAGUCUGGAUUUUCACACGAAGCUAAGGCGCACUGGCUUGGGGAUAAAUAUUUCUUGAGAGGUUCUGAAGGAAAUGAUAUUCAUAAGACGAAUGUUCCCAGCUCGAGAAUCUCUUUCCGAGAUCAGACAUGGAAGGAGGAAAUGCAAUAUAUUUAUGAUGGCGAAGCCACCUUUCCGGAAGAUCUAGACCCAUGAAGAUAAAUCAGAUGACUCUGGAUUGAUCGCCAUUUCUUUGGUGAUUGGGGUUAUAGCUCUCCCUGCAGCUUCAUUUCACAUAACUUAUACGAAGCUGCUUCAGCUAUCACUUGUGAUUUCAACCUCAAGAGAGUCAAAUUAUCCUGACAGAGUUUUCAACAAGCUUGCCAGCAUCAUUUCCAAUUGGCUUGAGGAUGGCAGAAUAAUAUGAACUAGCUUUUGUCAUUAGCUAUUAAUCAGUAGUGUCUUCAUGCUGUGCUAUACUGUGUACUAUACAUGACUCUUUGCAAAUUGCUCGCGGCUCAAUCAGGUUCUCGGGACCCAGAUUGAAGCACAAUGUAUGGCGACUUACUGGAAUCCCUUGCCUUGCCAGUUUCAUUUCACAAAAAGGUGCUUCAUUUUGACUUUGGAGCGCUGUUUUGAGAAUUGAAUGGUUGUAUUAUUGACCGAAGCUGUUAAUAGUUUAGUUUUGGAUAAAAAAAGUUUUCAUGAUUGAA